GGUAAUCUCUCUUAUAUGAGAAUCUUCAACCUCAACCACAACAACUUCUAUGGAAAUAUCCCACAAGAAUUGGGACGCUUGUCACAAUUGCAGUUCAUCUUUGUGGAUAUAAUUCAUUGGAAGGAGAAAUUCCUACAAACUUAACAGGUUGUGCUAAUCUCAAAAGCUUAUAUUUAUAUAGUAACAAUUUGAUUGGCAAAAUGCCAAUCGAAAUUGGCUUACUUGGAAAGCUUAAAGUAUUGAAUGUUGGGCACAACAAGUUAGUUGGAGGAAUUCCAUCAUUCUUAGGGAAUCUUUCAUCCUUACUUAUUCUCUCACUGACAAAUAAUAACUUUGAAGGAGAAGUUCCACAUCUAUUGUGCCACCUCAAAAGCAUGAAAGAAAUAUAUGUGUCUAGUAACAAUUUGACUGGUACAUUUCCUUCUUGUCUUUAUAAUAUCUCAUCUCUUACGAUAAUUUCGACUUCAUUAAAUCAAUUUCAUGGGUCUCUUCCACCCAACAUGUUCCACACUCUCUCCAAUCUUCGAGAAUUAUAUAUUGCUGGCAAUCAGGUCUCAGGUACAAUCCCACCUUCCAUCACAAAUACUUCUAUCCUUUCAACACUUUUCAUCAAUGGGAACUAUUUUGUAGGACAAGUUCCAAGUUUAGGGAAGCUACAAAAUCUUUAUAUCCUUGCUUUGGAUAAUAACAAUCUAGGUCACAAUUCAACCAAAGAUUUGGAGUUCUUAAAAUCAUUGACAAAUUGUAGUAAGUUGCAAGUGCUAUCUAUAUCCAACAAUUAUUUUGGAGGUCAUUUGCCCAAUUCCAUAGGCAAUCUAUCGACCCAACUUAGUCGGCUAUAUCUUGGAGGUAAUCAAAUAUCAGGAGAGAUCCCUGCAUCAUUAGGAAAUCUAAUUGGCUUGACUCUCUUGACGAUGGAACUUAAUCGAAUUGAUGGGAUUAUUCCAACAACUUUUGGAAAGUUUCAGAAAAUGCAAUUAUUAAACUUAAGGGCAAACAAGUUGUCAGGAGCAAUAGGAGCAUUUAUAGGGAACCUCAGUCAAUUAUUUCAUUUGCAUUUAGGAGCAAACAUGUUAACAGGAAAUAUUCCACCAAACAUAGGAAAUUGCCAAAAGUUACAAUUCUUUGUGCUUUCAAGAAAUAACCUUACAGGAACCAUACCACUGGAAGUUUUUAAUCUUUCAUCUUUAACAAACUUGUUGGACUUGUCACAAAACUCACUGAGUGGUAAUAUACCAGAAAAAGUGAGCAACCUAAAAAAUAUUGGUUUUCUUGAUGUGUCUGAGAAUCAUCUGUCAGGUCACAUUCCUGGAACUAUUGGAGAAUGCAUAAUGUUGGAGUACCUUUAUAUGCGAGGGAAUCUUUUACAAGGAAUCAUACCAUCUUCUUUUGCAUCACUCAAAGGUCUUCGACAUUUAGACCUAUCACGAAACCGCUUGUCUGGAUCAAUUCCAAAUUUUCUACAGAACAUUUCUUUCUUGGAAUAUUUCAAUGUGUCUUUUAAUAUGUUGGAUGGUGAGAUACCAACUGAAGGUUUCUUUAGAAAUGCAAUCGAGUCAGUGGUGGCAGGAAAUAAUAAGCUUUGUGGAGGUAUUGCAGAACUACAUCGACCGCAUUGCUCUGUCAAAGGUAAGAAGCUUGCAAAACUCCACAAGUUUAGGUCGAUAGAAGUAAUAGUCAGUGCGGUAGCUUUUCUUUUCAUCCUGUCAAUUAUUUUAACUAUUUACUGGAUGAGGAAAAGAAGUAAGAAACCUUAUUUGGUUUCACCAAUAAUUGACCAACUAGCUAAAGUUUCAUACCAACGCCUAUACAAUGGAACCAACGGGUUCUCAACUACAAGUUUGAUAGGGUCUGGAAAUUUUAGCUCUGUCUACAAAGGAACUCUUGAGUUAGUAGACGAAGUUGUUGCCAUAAAGGUUCUAAACCUUCAAAAGAAAGGAGCUCACAAGAGUUUCAUUGUUGAAUGCAAUGCACUUCAGAAUAUUAAACAUCGAAAUUUGGUUCAAAUUUUAACAUGUUGUUCCAGUAUAUAUUACAAAGGUCAAGAAUUUAAAGCUCUAAUUUUUGAGUACAUGGAAAAUGGAAGUUUGGAACAAUGGUUGUAUCCUAAGACACUAAGUACAGAGCAUCCUCGAACAUUGAACCUUGAUCAAAGAUUAAAUAUCAUGAUUGAUGUUGCUUCUGCAUUGCAUUAUCUUCAUCAUGAAUGUGACCAACCAAUCAUUCAUUGUGAUUUAAAGCCAAGCAACGUCCUGCUUGAUGAUGACAUGAUUGCUCAUGUGAGUGAUUUUGGCAUAACAAGACUUCUCUCAACCAUCAAUGGUACCACUUCUAACCAAACAAGUACAAUUGGAAUAAAGGGGACUGUUGGCUAUACGGCUCCGGAGACAUGUAUAGCUUUGGGAUUUUUGUGUUGGAAAUGCUUACUGGAAGAAGGCCCACUGAUGAAAUCUUUGAAAAUGGUCAAAACUUGCAUAACUUUGCAAAAAAUUCAUUUCCUGAUAAUCUUGUACAAAUUUUGGACCCGUCACUUGUACCAAAACAAAGACAAGAGACAGUAGUAGAAGAAAACAAUCAGAAUGUUACUCCAACCAUUGAAAAGUGCUUAGUUUCACUCUUUAAGAUUGGACUUGAUUGUUCAGUGGAAUCACCAAAAGAAAGAAUGAAUAUGGUGGAUGUCACUAAAGAGCUGAGUAAAAUUAGAAGAGUC